CUCCUAGGACAUCAGCCAUACCCCCUUCUCCUCCGGUUAAAUCGACAGUACCUUCUUCUCCUCUCACAACUUCAGCAGUAACUCUUUCUCCACCUGCAUCAUCAGCAGCACUCCUUUCUUCACCUACUACUUUGCCAGCACUGCCUUCUCCACCUGAGACAUCAGCGGUACCAAACUCAGAGCUUCACCCAUCACCACUGGAUCAGCUGGAUGAGCCUAUGGAGUGUAAUGCCUCAGUAGUAGAUCAAGAUCAUUGUUACACACUUUCAUUCCCAGUUUCUCACCAUUCCCCUUUAGUUUCACCAGAGACCAGCAAUAUCCUCUCAGCAUCACAACCAGAGGCUUCUAGCACAGAUGCCUGUUCACCUGAUGCAUCAUUUGAGGCUGGUACAGGAUCUGACAACACAAUGAAGCUGCCAUCUUAUGGUGUCAGAAGUUUAAAGGUAGCACGGUGCCCUCACUGCUCGCUUCGUCUUUACAAGAAAAACCUCAGUGCCCAUAUACAGAGGAAGCACGCAGGGCUAAAGGAUAUUACUGCUGCUUCACAUCUAAAAAAUGUAUGUGUUGAUGAAACUCGUGGAAUAUUUGCUGUCCAGAAAGUUGCUCAUGGAUUCUCUGUGCCAAUACACGUUCAGCGUAAAACAUGGGGAAGUCAUCACCAAAUAAGGUGUGGUUUGGAGGAAUGUCACAAGUAUCAGUUGCUUGCACUGCAGAGCGGGCUAAUUUAUAGUCUGUGUGAGCACAUUCGAUCACUGGAUUACUGCAGCCAGAUUGCUCCUGAGGAGUUGCUAAACGUAGAGGUUCUUGAGGAUUUGGUGUCUCUGCAUAUUGUUGAAGAAUCAAUGAUGGCAACUUGCAGUUUAAGGCAGAAAGCGGCAGAGAAAGACCAUGUGCCUUUUUCUGUGUUAGUGGAUUUGGGAGGUUCGACACAUCAACUUUGUUUCUCUGUUCAUGAGCCCAAAAUGCGUAGUUUCUCCUGCUUUGGCAGAGUUGUUGUCACUUAUAAUUUGAUAAAAGACUCCUGGCACUGCCCCUGCACAAAUCCUCAUAAAUCAUGCCCACACAAGAGCAUCGGUAAAUGGCACUUAUUCCAAAUCAGGAAAGAUCUCCUGCCUGCACCAGCUCAAGAGAUAUCUCAUUCUGACUUUCAGUAUUCUGCCACUGAGCUGGAGAGAAGUGUGAGAUACACUUACGCAGAGAAGAAAAUACCAGCAGCUCUUCCAGCAGCCUCCACAGCUCCAAGAGCUCUUACAAAUUAUCCUGUAUGUUUGAUUCCUACUGAAGAAACAUGCAAGCUCUGUGCAGGCCAUCCCAGACUAGAAGAAGGCUUUCUCAUUACAGACAAAGCUGCAAUAGUUGGCAUGAGUGGCGUCAAACACAACAUCUCAACAUAUAAUAAAAGAUGCCCCAAAUGCCACAUGCACUACCGGUACCAGGAGUGGCGAGAUGGUCUCCAUAACUUCAAUGACCAUGUCAUUCUGACUAUAGAGCUUUGUGUCUAUAUGCGGCACAGUCUGCAGAGCCAUGUGUCAGUGUCCAGAGUGAUCAGUUCUUUGGCGAGUUUUCGGGGCCAAAAGUUUCCAGCAGUCAGCAUCAUUUUCCAGGCAUAUUGUCACUUUGAGGCACUGACCAAAGCAGAGUACAGUUACUCCUGUGUAAACUGUGGCCACUUCCCAGCUGUUGUUAUUAUGGACCUUCACAGAAACAGUCUCUCCAAACUGGAGGUGAGUGAGCUGAAAAAACUCCCUGAAGACUUUGAUGGCCAUCACGACAUAGAGGACUUCUGGGACUCUGUUCAUCUGGAAAUGAUUAGCCAAGGCUUUUUUCCCAGAUCCUCACCAAAUCCAUUUGUGGUUUGUUCAUGUUACGAACACUGGGCUCCUUGGAUUGGGAAGGAAACCCGUAAAAGCGACAAUGUCCUCAACACUGAAUUCAGCAAGAUGCCAACAUCCAAAACAGAAGGAGAGCUGAGCAGUGUAACUGCAGACCGUCUUUGUGACGAGUUACUGAAUCAAAAGGAAGCAACUCUUCAAAGUCUGUGCAAAAGUUGCGGUGUUGAAACAGGUGGUUCUCGUACAGAUCUGAUAAUCCGGCUGAGGGAGAAACUGAUGAAUCAACAAACCUAUUUCAGCGUGUAUCAGACUAUUUGGGGUGGCUCUGGUGGAUGGUCAGUAAUUGCUUGCCCCCAUGGCAUUGUUUAUAGCCUGAAAUUCAACCUGCAGACAGAAAGUCCAAGAGAUUUCGCUGACCUUCUCUUGUCAUGGAAACAUUUCCCAAAUGUCUGCCUGUAUGACUCUGCGCAUGGUUUGGCAACACACACAAAUUCACGAGUUCCUGGCAGCCCCCUGUUUCACCCACAUGAAGGAAAACCAGCGCCCUCAACAAUGGAGAACUUAGCUAAAGCUGGUUGUCAAGAAUUAAAAGUGCCCCUGCCGUGGCUCAAAGAAAAACGUGAGCCAUCAGGUGAUGAUGGGCACCCAGUGACUGGAUCAAGCCACCAUUAUGCACUUCAUGACAAACUGCAUCACAGUAACUUAAAAGACCCAUAUGAUGUGUUGCGAAGGGCUGAUAUUGUGCCUGAACUUCAGGACCUUGUAAAAACGAAGGCAGUAAAACACCUGUUUGCUGACAUGAGGAAAAACAAUUAUUUCCUCAACAGCAUGGCGCCCUCCACACACGUGUUCCUGAUGAGGAACUUGAUCGAACACAGGAACAUGUUUUGUAACACACAGCUUCUGGAAACUUAGUUCACCAGUUCCAGCGUGUGAACCUCACCGCUGAGCUUAACAUGGACCAAAUGCCAUAGAUCACAGGUUUUUAGCUGCUCAUUUGGUGUAUUACUGAGUGUUUAUGGCAGCAAGAUGGUGUAUGUGAGUUUGACUCAAUUGUCAGCCCAAAAUAAUUUAUAAUAUAAUUGAUAUGGAAUAAACCAAAUAAUAUAGAUUGAAUUGUGGGACAAGCUGAGUAGUCUGACUACAGGGAAGGCUGAAGUUGGAUGUAGUUAUGGUUUAUGGAUGUAUUUAUGUUCUUAUUGAAGGGUAAUAUCAUGGGUACACAAAUCACAACAUAUAGUGCAAUUAUCAGUGCAAAAAUUCUUUACAAUUUAAACUGGCUUUGCACUGUGUCCAGUAGAUAACAUGUAUGUACAGUUGAGUGCAAAAGUUUGCAUCCCCUUACUUUAAAAUGGCAAAAAGAGUAAAACAAUUUUUUUUCCUCAUCAACAUAAUAUGUAGUGCACAUUCAGCUAGUACAGCUGUUCCUUCGAAACUGCCUAGGAAGAGAGAAACACCAUUCCCACAGUCAAGCAUGGUGGAGGCUCGCUGAUGUUUUGGGGAUGAUGUUUUGUUUCUGUCCCAAU